AUGUUAUUGAAACAAAAUCCAGCAAUAAAGGAGAUUCGCCUUAUUGAUACAGAUAAUUCACUAAUGAGUCCUGUUUGUGACAUGAGACAUAUAGAUACAUCAACUACAAUCAGGCAUUUCAGAAAGAAUUCUAUACUUGAUGGUCUACGCAAUACUGACAUUGUAGCACUUAUGGAUGAGACAGACUUCAUGAUGGGGAACAAAGGACCAUUUAUGCAAUUUGUCAACAGUUCGAAUUAUGUAAAAAGUGUGGCUGAAUGUAUGAUAAACGUAUGUCCAAAAGCUUUGGUAGCAGUUUUCACACAUCCAGUAACUGCAACACUACCACUGGUAUCAGAAAUUUAUAAGUAUUCCGGUGACUGGGAUCCAAACAGAAUUUUCGGAUCUGCUGCAUUAGAAUCAAUGAGGAUAUCUGCUAUGACAGCAACACUGUUAGAUCUGAAUCCUUCAUUUAUCUCAGUCCCUAUUGCUGGUGGCAUAGAUUCAUUAACUGUUGUACCACUGCUGUCUAGAGCAAGACCAUUCAAUAGCUUUACUGAAGAAAACGAAUGUCUACUCAUUCAUCAAUUGAGAUCUGCUGAUAUGAAAUUAUUUGAAACUGAAACUAAAGGCCCAACCCUAUCCAGUGGAAUGGCAGCUGCAAAAUUUAUAUCAACAUUGAUUAAUGGAAUGAAAAAGCAAAGCAUAUCGAUAACAAGCGCUUAUGUGAGAUCAGAUGUUCUUCCUAGUUGUCAGUAUAUGACAAGUGAAAUACAAUUUGGACCAAACGGUGUGCAACAAAAUUUUGGCCUACCAAAAGUGUCACCCACAGAAAUUUCGAUGAUCGGACAAGCUGCUCCUGUAAUUAAUAAGAUUGUAAAAUCGGCGAUUAAGUUUUUACACACAGGAAAAAUCAAAUGA